GGAACACAUUUCAUAAACAUCCCAUUCUCCAACUACCAAAGUCAAACUGUAAAAGUAACUCUUGGAUAAAACUACAAACAACACACGUUCAUUGAUACAGCCAUCGGAACAUCAGGAUGGGAUCUUCCAGUUCAGAAAGUGAAGAGGAACGCAAACACAAAAAGCACAAAAAAAGAGAGAAGAAAUCUAAAAAAUACAAAAAGGAAAAGAAAUCGAAGAAGGAUAAAAAGCAUAAGCAUCGUAAACGUGAUCGCUCAUCUUCUGUGAGCUCCGGAAGUGAGGCUGACGAAUGGCUUGAAGCGGCCCCCGUGAAAACAAACGCAAAACCUGAUUUGCGGCAGUCGCCAGCUAAACUUGAACGAGAUGAUUGGAUGAACUCUAUGUUAAUACCGACAUACAGUAAGGAACCGAAAGGGGAAGAGAAGAAAACCGCCACAAACGAUCCAUAUGAUCCUAAAACUAGCGUACGAGAAUUGAAUCCUCAUUGGAAGAACGGUGGUUCCGGGUUACCCAGUUUUCUCAAGCCGGUUAUUGACGAUGAUGAUAACGCCGCUAGAGAGGACUACGGAAGCAGACAAGCAAACACGAAUCGAUCGCAAAGUAGACCGGCCAAUAGUGGUGGUUGGAAGAAAAGUGUUAAAGAUGAAUCAAAUACACGACGGAAUGAAAAGUCUGAUUUAGAGAAAACGUCAAACUUUGUCGGCCCAAGUAAACUCGCCAGCAACGAAGCAAAAACGGAGCCAAAUCUUUUAACUGACGAACAAUUGAACGAGCUGGGAGCCAAAAUUAUCAAAGCUGAGCUUCUUGGCAACACAGCGCAAGCAACAGAAUUAAAGGAAAAAUUAGAAACCGCCAAAGCACUUCGAAAUGAAAUGCAAUCGAAGACAAAAUCCGAACAAGUACGAGAUGCGGGUUCCAAGCGAAGGUUGAGCACGGAAGAAUCCGUGACCUACACUGUCAGCAAAUCGUACGACGGAUCCCAACGAAUUCACGGCAAGAAACAGAAACAGUACCAGCAAAAUUUACCUCUCGGGCCAGCUCUACAGGAUAAGUUUCGCUCAGAACGGCAUGAGAAUGACUCCAUGGACGCACAAUUUUUCAAAGUGUCGGCCAAAAUGGGUGAAGGAAAACGGCUUGAAAAUAUAUUUGACCAUGAACGGGCUUCUUCCGCGGUUGGCGAAGCUAGCGCUACCGAAGAAAGAACUGUUCGUGAAAUGAAUCGGAUGAGCAAAACGCAAGCGGACUGCGAACGAUGCAUUAACUCUAGCCGAUUUUCACAGGAUCAGCUCAUCACGAUGGGCAAGAAUGUGUACCUCAGCAUACCUACGUGGAGGGCGCUGCAACCGAAACAUUGCUUAAUCGUGCCUGUAGGCCACUACCCAUCGUUAACGCAAGUAGAUGAAGAUGUGCACCAAGAAAUAGUGGACGUGUGCAAAGCACUCGUGCAGAUGUUCCGGAAGCACCAAAUGGAGGUCGUUUUCUUUGAAACUGUUCGCUACCUGAAUCGGAACCCGCAUAUGUACAUCCAGUGUGUUCCGGCUAAAGACUACGAAAUGGCACCAUUCUACUUUAAAAAGGCUAUCUUAGAGUCGGAAACCGAAUGGGCCAUGAACAAAAAGCUUCACAACGUAGAUGGUUUCAACGUGAAGCGAACGGUUCCGAAAAACUUGCCAUACUUUUGGGUGAACUUUAACAUGGAAAAUGGAUUUGCGCAUGUCAUCGAAGAUCAAGAAUCGUUUCCGGUUACUUUUGCAACGGAAACCAUUGCAGGUAUUCUUGGGCUUGAUACAAGGGAUUGGCGUAAGCCAAGAAAAGAGAUGAAUCCGGCCCAAAAGGUUGAGGAGUUUAAAAACUGGUGGCAAGAGUUUGCAACGAUAUUUAGAAACGAAUAAUUAGGCAAUUUAUAAAAUCUGAAUAAUAAAUUGCGGAUGUUUUAACUCGGUUAAAAA